AUGUUCGGGCCUCCAGUUGACCAAGGCCAAGUACCUAUUGUCCUCCCGCAGUCCAGCGGAGACCCUAAAGAUGCUCUGCAAAAAGUGAUUGCGCCGGCGUGUACCUUGAAGCUGGUGUCGAAGAAUGCCACGCCAGAUUCAACCCCUCCAGCCGAAAAUUCCAUUCCCAAGGGGAGUCACUGGGUGGACCUGACAGAACCUGGCACCAUUGUUGUUAUCGAUCAGCCACAAGACCAGAAGUGUGCCGCCGUGGGAGGCAUCAUGGCACAAAGAAUGAAGGUCAGGGGCGUUGCCGGCUGUAUCGUCGGCGGCCGUGUCCGAGAUUUGGCAGAGCUGAGGGAAUCUCAGCUACCGAUAUUCGCCCUGGGCAAGUCCACGGUCGGAACGAAUGCCGAGUCGGUCGCCUAUGCUCGCAACGUCCGGAUAUCUAUAACCGGCGUCGACGUUUCCCCGGGCGAUAUCAUCUUCUGUGAUCCACUGGAAGGAGUGGUGGUCAUCCCUCUGGAACUGCUCGACGAAACCCUGUCGCUCAUGCCGAAGCUGGUGGCCUCCGAUGACAAGGUUAAAGAGGCUGUGUUGGGAGGCAUGCCCGUGGCAGAAGCGUUCAGGACUUUCCGCAACUGA